AAAGUGGAGUGGAUGGACAGAGGCAGCAGGAUGGUCUAUGUUUAUCAUAACGGCUCUGACCAGCCUGAAGAACAGCACCAGGUUUAUAGAGACCAAACGAAGAUGAAUGAAGACCUGCUGAAAACUGGAGACCUCAGUCUGACCCUGAAAUAUCCCACAGGCUGGAAUACAGACAGCUACACCUGCACCGUCUACAGCAGGGAGGGAAAUAUCCUGCUGAAGAAACAAGUGGAGCUGAAAGUCAGAGUCCCCCAAGUGGAGGUGGAGGAUGGGGUGGACUCUCUCCAGCUGCCCUUCAAUACCACAGGUCUGCUUGAAGAUGCUAUAGUGGUCUGGAAGGACGGGAAAUCCAGAAUGGUCCACAUGUAUCAGAAUGGCUCUGACCAGCUUAAAGAGCAGCACCAGGUUUACAGAGACAGAACGAAGAUGAAUGAAGACCUGCUGAAAACUGGAGACCUCAGUCUGACCCUGAAACAUCCCACAGACUGUGACGGUGGAGCUUUCAUCUGUGAAGUUUGGAGGAAUGGAGACAUUUUCAGAGCAAAACCAUUGCUGCUUAAACCCAAAGUCUGUCAGGUGGAGGUGGAGGAGGGGGCGGAGUCUGUCCAGCUGCCCUUCAAAACCACACAAAACCUGCCUGAAGAUGCUAUGGUGGUUUGGAAGGACCAAAUCAAUAACAAGGUCCACGUGUAUGAGAACGGCUCUGACCAGCCUCACAGACAGGACCGGCUUUACAGAGACCGAACAAAGAUGAAUGAAGACCUGCUGAAAAUUGGAGACCUCAGUCUGACCCUGAAACACCCCACAGAAUGGGACAGUGGGAGAUACGAGUGUGGUAUCUACAGCAAGGACGUCUGGAUCAGGGUGAAAACUUUGCUGCUGAAAGUCAGAGGGAGAGUUCAGGUCCAGGAUCAAACAGGGGACAUCAGGAACAGAAGCAGCUCCAUUGAUCCGACUCCUCUGAUGGCUGAUCAAUCAGUUUGAUCUGUGUGUUCUUUGAUUAUUGAUCAGUGAUGUCAGAGUGGAGUCAGUGUGAUGUUGUUGUUGUGUGUUUGAGACUUUUAGUGUCCAUGAAGGUCUCUGCUGCCGUAGAUCCUCUGAACUGUGACAGAGGUCUCACUCUGGAGGAAACUCAGAACUUUUCAGCAGCUCCUCCAUCAUGGAGGACGUUCCCUCUCUGUAACAGGUGGAGGAGCGAGGAGAGGAAGCACAGGUGGAUCCUCUGUGGUAAUGGAAAUGAGCAGUUUAGCUCAAAUCUGGCAGGUUUCCAUCUUCUGUUUUUAUCCUGAUGUCCAUGAACAUGAACACUGUCCCUGUCAAAUAAAUC